GGACGAGCAGAACUUUGGAGGUGUUGCUAGCUUUGUUUCAAGAAGCGGGUAACAACAACAACAACAACAACAACAACAACAGCUCUGAGACUGUGUGUAAAGCUGUCACCGAACUGACAGUUUAACACAGAGUUGUUCUAGGAAACUGUAGUAUUUAUUAGCGUCAUUGAAGUUGUUUAUUCGCUGCUGUUGCCUUGAGUCGUUUUUAGGAUAGUCACUAGUGUGUCUAACUUUAAGUUGCUAAGCUAACUAGCCUCCCUUAUCCAACUAUCUGACUGAGAGUAACAUCAUGGCUACAAGAAAACCUCAGGAGAGCGCUGGGAGUCUGCCUUUCGCUGCACUUCAGCUCCUGUCCCCCCCUGUGCGUCUGGUUUCUGCAGCCCUGUGGAAAGUCAUGAAGCAGCGGGACGUGAUGCAGUACGGCGUGGUGGAGGAGUUCGUCUCCUCCGCCUGUGACACCGUACCUGGGCUGCUCACCACCAGACACCUGGGCAAGCUGGCGCUGGGGCUGAGAGGACGGUUGGUGUUGGAGCUGUGUCGCACACCGACGGAUGAAAACGUGAUCAUGACACACCUGGAAAGGAUCCGUGCUCCUGCUGCCCUGUCAGCCUCUUCUGCACCUACUAUGAAAAGGGACGUAAAAAUCAUAAGAACAGUCGAAGCUUUCCGUACGUUGGUUCACACUCUGCUAAGAGACUCUGAACAGAGAGAGCAGUUCUUCAAGGAGGAGUUUCUCUCAGAUUAUGGUCCAAAGUUUGACCAGGAACUGGAGAAGCUGCUGUGGGAGUUUUUGAUUCGAAUAGACCAGCUGCUCCCAGUUCCCAACCUGGCUCAGACGGUGUCGUGGCUCAGUGGCGCCCCCCCUGUCCUGGAGGAGUGUGCUCGUGCAGCCACCCAGCCUCAGCUCCUCAAGAUCCUGCUGCAACACCAAACCUGCCUGGGCCACCUGGAGACAGCAGCAUCCCUCCCUCCAAACAUGGGCGACUCCAUCCUGACUUCACUGUCUCUGCCUCCUUCUGGUAGAGUUCCUUCAAAUCAACCAACAGGAGCCAAAGAGUCUGCUGCUAGUCAGCCCAACGGCUCACACACAUCUAGAGACAAAACCCCAUUUAUAACCCCUGUAAUCGGACUAAUAUCUAAUAAAGACGUGCCACUCAUGAACAGGACGCAGAGAGGAGACGAGCAGAAGGAGGACUUGAGAUUCACUUUGGUUAAACAGAGACAAAAACCCAAAGAGGGUGAAGAAGAAGAAGAAGAAGAAGAGGAGACGAACACCUUGAAAAGAAGCAGCAGAAUGAAACGCAAGCAGCCCGACGAAGGAGGAAGUGAAUCGGAGGAGGAGGAGCUAGGCAUGAUCCGAUCUGGGAAGAAGAGGGUGAGUAAGAGUGCAGCGCUCAGGAGAGAUAAAGGUCAACUUCAGACCGAUGAGAGCGAAGAAGAAGACGAGGAGGAGGAGAGCAACCUGAAGACCUGCAUGACCAAGCUGGGCGUCAAGACUCUCAACCUGCCUAAAGACCCGUCCCUCUGCUCCAUCUUCGUCUCGUGUCUGAGCCGCCAACCCGCUGUUAUUGUCGACAAACUGUCAGUGACGCCUGCCAGCGACAACAGGAGCGUCCGAGGAGGGAAAUCCUUAAAUAUGAAGCGGGAGAGUCAGAGGAGGAAGUCGCCGGCCAAACCGCCAAACCCCGACUUGGAUUUCCCCGGCCUGGACGAUAAAGAAAAUCAUCCUGUGUUGCCGGGUUUAAGCAGCUCUCUCUCUCAGCAGCGCAGUAGCACAGAGAUCCGUCCAGGAACCAGCGAGGACUACGUCGCAGAUUCUGAGGACGAAGCCACAAAGAACUUCAAAGGCAGACUGUUCAUGAAGCGCUACUACAAGACCAAACAUGGUACUUAUGUUCCCACUCUGAGGGAGUUCUGGAGACCCGGGACGACGCGGAGGGACCUGGCGCUGGCUGGCAGGAAACGCAGAUGAUGUCACGGAUUCUCACGGCCACAAAUAAUAGACGACGUUUCAGCUGUUUCCUGACAGGAAAAUCAAUAGUAUCUUUAAAUGCAGCAGCCCACUGUGGCAGAUGGACAUUUAUUUUAAUCAUCAUAGUCUGGCAGUUAAGGAUAAUGAAUGAAUGAAUGAAUUCUUGAUUUAUGAAUUCAUUGUAGCUGAAUUAGAUGUGAACUUGUGUGUAUUAUGGAAAACAAGCCCUGAAGCAGCAUUAUCACAGACUUUUUUCUCCUAUAUUAAAUUGUUACUGUGCUUGUAAUUGUCUCUGUUACAAAUAUGUCAUUUUGUUAUAUUGUACUUAAUAAAAGUUUUUAAUGUUGCAGUUA